UUUUUAAAAACAUGUUUUACUAAAUAAACGGUGUUUUUCAUUUAUAUUCUGUUUCUCACUCAAAAAAAUAUAUAAUUUUUCUACAAGAGAAGUCGACGAUGAUCAUUUAAUAUCGAUUUUUACAACUCGAGCUCUAAAUCGAGGUUCCAAAUUAUCGAAUACGGUACUGUGCUUAGGUUUGGGUCACUAGCACAUGGCCAGACACGGCACGCUGGAUAUCUCAUUGGGCAUGCGCAAUACGCCCCACGAAAACACGCAUAUUAGUGGAGAGGCAUUAUCCGCCUUAAUUAAUUGCAAUUCUUUGCCGUAAUCAUACAUACUUCCGAUGCAUACGAUAGCUAUUGGGCAUAUCCAUCCAAAACAGAAAGAAAACGUUUUUUAAAGCAAAAUUAGAGAAUAUGAAGUGCGUUAAAAAUGUUGCGGGAUAGCAUCGUUUUUCCCCAGACGGACGGCAGCGCCAAACGGUGGCGCGGCCACUUCGCUAAGCUCGUCUUGCCGCCCACUUCUCUGCGCGACGUCACAUCAGUUGAUCGAGGUGAGCAUUGGAAGUUUGGUGUGUGUCUGCGAACCGUUGUCAUUUCACAGGUCAAACUUGAGUAUUGUGUCAAAUAAAGCGAAAACGUCGUUCACAAGGCUGUAAUCAAGGAGGUUCCUUGUUUUCGUGGGUGACUGCCAGGAUGUGUCAGACUACAGCAACUUCUAGUACCACUUAUGGAACCAAUAAGAGUUGCUGGGAGUCAAAAUGGGACAUGCUAUUCGACAAAAACUGCAAGCAAUGGAUAUCUUUCAACCCAGCCUUCGGGUUGCCGUGUUAUCCGUGCUAUUCGUGCAAAAACCUAUUUUCCACGAAAAGAUCCCUUCUGGACCACAUAAAUCGCCGCGCGGUCGUCUUCAAAUACAGCUGCCCCGGUUGCGCGAACACUCAAACGUUUUACAACCGCUGUUCUUUGUUGAUGCACGCGCGCACGCACUACACGAUGCACGAAGGCUCGCUAAACUUGUCGCACGUCGAAAUCGCGCCGCUACCUUUGAAUCUCGCGGGCUUCUUUCCCCAUAAAGACAUCCCGCUGUUGUACGACGACGUGGAAGUCGACGUUGCCGAUAAUUUGUACCUCAACACGCAGUUUUACUAUCCGAGUUGUGCCGAACGCGGCAAAGAGGUGGUUACUAUGCAUCCGGUUGAGUUGUAUUUUUCUCCCGAUGAGUCUAGUAGGCAAUUCACGUUGGCGUUGAAGCAGAACUCUUCGAACGUGCCUCGUUGCAUUUUCAUCGACAUCGAGCAGCAAAAGCAGAUCAAAGAUUUGUUUUUGAACGAUGUUCACUUGACGCGUAUCAAAGAGGAAGUUGUGGAUGAAAGUUACACGAUUCCGGUGAUAUCUAGGGUGGAGUCUUUAAGUCAAAACGACCCACUGGAGAUGGGCGCCAAUAUUGACAACGGUCGGACUUCACCCGAACCGAUGAUAAAAACGCACGAGGUGAUAAACCUCCCGAAAUGCCCCGAGUGCCAUCAACCGCAAAAAAUACCGAUGAACGAGCACUUUAUCGGCAACAACGUCCCUUUGAAGGAAGACUUGAAAUGCCAGGUGUGCAAAUUCGUGGCGUCCACUAAGUGUUCUCUACGCGCGCAUCUUCGUAUACACGACUACUUGGCGCCGUUUAUUUGCCCCGAGUGCGGUAAAGAGUUCGCGAAUUUCAACGACUUGGGUAUGCAUAUGGACGACCAAUGCUUUCACCUGGCGAAAGGCAUACGUUUUAGGUGUCCAGGGAAAAAAUGCGGCAAAUUAUUCGCAUUAACGCAGACCUACGCGGCGCAUUUUGAAGUGCACAUGCAGAGCGUUAUGAAGUGCUCCUCGUGUAAAGGUGUCUUUCAGGAGGAUGACUUCGCGUUGCACAAAUUGUCGCACGCAGAGCCGUGUUUUCUUCUCAAACACUACAGGUGCACCGUGUGCACUGAAUACACCGGUACUUUCACUGAAAACAACGCCAAACUGCACAUACAAAUGCACACGAAAGAUAGAGAGAGAUGCAUGUACGUGUACACCUGUAGGAAUUGUAGGAGUUACUUUAGAUCUACUACAACCUACUCGACGCAUAUGGCGAAGUGCACGAAGAAUAGCCACCUUAACGGGGCGCAACCGAAAAAAAGCACCGAGUCGGUUAAAUACGUGCACAAUAACUGCCGGUUGUGCAACAUCGUGGUUGUAUCAAAAGAGAACAACCCGGCGUUUCUCUGUUCUAAAUGCCGCACUCUAAACCACGACAAAACUCAGUGCAAGAACUGCAAAGAGCUUAUAGUCUACCGCGAAGGUAACCCAGCCCCGCAUUGCUCCAAAUGCGGGAUGACGCAAGUCAUCGAAAUCCCCAAGAAGGAUAAAAAAUAUUACUGCAUCCUCUGCAAUCAGCAACUCUUAAAACACGAGAAAGCCACUCACAUGAGGCAAUGCAAAUUCUCCCGACCGGUGGUGGUGAUGGAUAAGAUAAAAGCCGAGCCUUCGGAGGAAUCCGGCGAGGAAUCAGCCACGGAUUGUCCGCCAAGUGAAUCAAUGUUCCGCCCCUGCGAUUCGGAGAACGAUGAAGAACCCAACGCUAAAAAACGCAAACGCGUUUAUCGCUGUCGCUUGUGUUACCACAAGGAAACUGAGCGGGCGCCAUUCCACGCUCACAUAAUCAAACACCGCGACGUGCAAACCUCGUAUCAGUGCAUGGAAUGCGGUGAAUGCUUCGUCGUUAAACCCUCCCUAGAGAAGCACUUGAUGCACUAUCACCACAUCCUCGACACGGAUAACUACCUGAGCGACAACGAUUGUUUCGAUAAAAAGGCCCUCGAAGAUUUGUCGGAAAAUAUGAAACUCACGCCCGGCGAGUGCAAAGACGUCAAGGAGAACCAGUGCCGCGUUUGCAGGGAACAGUUUCCGGAUGAAGCCACUCACGAUAAACAUUUCAGGACGCACGGGAUGGCUUUCCUCAUGAAAAAAACCGCCACUUAGUUUUAUUCAGUUUUGUAUACCUGUAUUGUUUUUGUUUGUUUAAUAAAUACGUUAUUUUUUAUAUAAAGCAGCUCUAUUUAAUCAAUUAAGGUAGUAUACACAUUAGGGUGAUCAAAAAAAUCGAAUAUUUGAUGUUUUUAAUUGAUUAGGUACUCAGAAGAUAUUCGUAUCAGUGCGCAUUGAGAUUCGG